UGCUCUCCUCCCUCUCAGUGAAAGACAGAUCAUUAGAGACACAUGAGCUCAUUUCUUCCAGCAGCCUGUUGGGUGAAAAUGCGUCGUGUAGCCGGUGAUAAAAGUUGCGGGUUUGUGAUCAGCAGUGCGGGGAGAGAGGAGUUCCGGACGGGAGUAAAGCAGAGCAGCUGAGCGAAGCGCACAGAAAACUGAAGGAGUCGCUUUGUUCUGUAAAUAACCAAACCGUUACAUACCGGGCUGUCGGGUGUGUGUGUGUGUGUGUGUGUGUGAGAGAGAGAGAGAGAGAGAGAGAGAGAGAGAGAGAGAGAGAGAGUGUGUGUGUGUGUGUGUGUGUGUGUGUGUGUGGACAUGGAUAACACAGAGAAAGGAAACAAAUCCGACGACGAGCCGGAGUCUCCAGAGGACGAAGAAGUUGAUCCAAGAAUUCAGGGAGAGCUGGAGAAACUGAAUCAAUCGACAGAUGACAUCAAUCGAUGGGAGACAGAGCUGGAGGACUCCAGGCAGAGGUUUCGUGCUGUCCUGGUGGAGGCCACAUUAAAACUAGAUGAGCAGGUCAAGAAGAUCGGCAAAGCCGUGGAGGAGUCCAAGCCGUACUGGGAGGCCCGGAGAGUGGUUCGACAGGCUCAGGUGGAAGCUCAGAGGGCCACGCAGGAGUUCCAGCGAUCCAUAGAGAUCCUGCGAGCAGCGAAGGAAACCAUCGCUCUCGCCGAGGAAAGACUUCUGGAGGAGGACAGCCGGCAGUUUGACUCGGCCUGGCAGGAGAUGCUCAACCACGCCACCCAGAGGGUGAUGGAGGCGGAGCAGAGCAGGACACGCAGUGAACUGGAGCACAAAGAGACAGCGGCCAAAUACAACGCAGCCAUCAACCACAUGAGACAACUGGAGAAGAAACUCAAACGUAAUAUCAACAAGUCACGGCCAUAUUUUGAAUUGAAGUCCAAAUAUUAUCUACAGCUCGAGCAACUGAAGAGGAAAGUGGACGAGUGCCAGGCGAAGCUGUCCCAGGCCAAAACGGAGUACAGGACGGCCCUGCGCAAUCUGGAGGCCAUCUCAGACGAGAUCCACGCUCGCAGACGUCUCGCAGCCAUUGGGCCCCGCUGCUGCGGAGUUGGGGCUGAGAAAGACGUAGGUGAUGGUGAAGACAUCAGCAACUUCAAAAUGGAGUCAGACGGCAUAUCCAUGAUAUCUGAGCCCUUUGAGGAGGAAAACUGUAAUGGUUCUGCCUCAGAUGAAGAACCAGAAACCCAGUCCACCUGCAGCCUGAGCUCCAACUCGGCCCCUGUGGAUGUUCCCUGCACAUACAUCCCGUCCUGCUCACCUUCGUACCCUCUGCUCUUGUCCUCCUGUCCUUUCCCCUCCUCUCUUCCCUCAUUCUCUCCCUGCACCAGAGGUGUGGAGCUGCCCAGCCCAGGCUCCCUGGAGGGCUUCGGCCGUGUCUCGCCUGUUCUGGGACCUCGCAGUGAAUGCAGCGGUGCUUCAUCACCUGAGUGUGAACAGGAAAGAGGCGAAAGAGCAGAAGGUGCUGAGAGAAAACCAGAAAACACUACACGGGCCGGUGGUCAAAAGAGCACUACCUUGGAGGAGGGUGUGAGACGUCUGUCUCUGCAGCGCACAGAAAAGUCACAGACGGAGUCAUUUAGUGCUGCUGCCCCUCUGCUGCUGCUAAACUCAGUUUAAACUAAAAUAAAGACCUAAUCGGAUCUCUCCGAGCUCCUGAGUACUUGUGCACAAGCAUCAUGUGUCAAAGGAACCUUUGUGUCCAGCCCUACACCCUUCUUAUAGACUAACAGAGACGGAGACAGCACAGAGAUUCCGAGGAAGAGAAGUGGAAAGGUUUAAACAAGGAAGCCCAAGACAGAUAAACUAACGUAUAUGCAGACAUUUGCCAGGAUGUGUUCUGGGUGUUUUCGGUCAUGUCCCAAAACAAUUGGCCAUGUCUUCCUGAUCUGCAUAUCACUUCGCCAGACUGACCGUGUUACUCCUGUGUGUUGACCCUCGCAGUGUUAAUGUGUAUAAUGUGUGUCGGCUGUGUUGAAUUGUAGACCUACGUACUUUUCUCCGCAGCUAUACUCUCUCUCUGUAUUUAAUCCUACAUGUUAGUACAGAACUAUGAACUAAAGUAGCAAAGAAAUCUAUAUUUAUAUUCAGUCUUGUUACCAUUGACCAAUGUGUUGUUGUGGCACUGUAAUGUAUAACUGUGUAAUAAACAUGAGCUCAUGGCAUACGCCAUGCCAAGUGUA